GAGAGAGCGAGAGAGGGAGAGAGAGAGAGAGAGAGAGAGAGUUCAUCAAUGAUCAAACGGUCACAAGAGCGAGAGGGGGAUUUGUGAUUUCUCUCUCUUCUCUGUGAAUAUAUGUGAGGCUUAGGCCCAUUUCUCUGGCUUUCCUUCCCAUUUCGCGUGCAUUUCCCGAACCCUCAAAACCAGACAUCGACGAACAACCAAAAAACCCACUUCUUCAAACCCUUCUUCCCUCCUUCCCAUUUAUCAAGAAAAAAAAGUGAUUAAUCGAGAGUGAAGCACACAGAAACCUAUUGAUUAUUGCCAUUGUUUCCGAUAAUUAUAUGUAUAUUUAUUGUAUUUACUUUGAAUGCUCUAACUGAGAUCUUGUCCUUUCCUACAAUGUUCUUCACUUUGUAGCGGACAAGGGUUCUUGAAUCGGAUCAGAAUUUCCGACUGAGUUAGGGUUUUGAUCAGCAAUUCCGAACUUGGCCGUUGAAUUCGGAUUAUUGGGUGGUGCUUAGUGGUUAUUUACUGGUCACGGUUUCAUUGAUGGAUCGCCCCAUUAAUGGGAGUGUUCUGUGAUCUUCCCGGGCUUCAAGCUGAAAAUUGGUGGUGAAUUUGGCUCUUCUGAAUGCUAAUAAAUGAAUAAUACUGGUAUUCUAUUUUGCUUGUUCUGAAAGGGCAUGGAAGAGGACUGUAGAUACAAGUAGAACUGUGUAGUGGGAGUGAAGAGAAAGUAAAAAAACAAAAAUUGAGAACACUUUGAAGUGUUAAAACAUCAAAAUCAGAUUGGGAUAUUUUCUUCUUAAGAAACCUUUUAGAUUGACUCAGAUUUAGUGGGAGCUUUUGCUAUAUAGCAGCGAUUAUAGUGCUUUAUCUAGUGCUAUUGGUGAUUACCAUUGGUUUUGUUUUUCCAUUGAGUUUUGAAUAAUACUGUUGGAACUUCUGGUGCAUCUGGAGUAGAAGGCUUUGGAUGAGUGAUUCAAUGGGGAGCUGAAAUGGAGGCCUACUAAGCUGGAAAGGAAUGUGGGGUCAUGGUGCAUGGACAAGAAUAUAGUGGCUCGUUUGUUCCCUUACUGGAACAUUGUUUUGAGAAAGUGAUUGGAGGAUACUGGUUUUCCAACAGCACUCGUUUUGCCUGUUGUAUAAUUGUGUGCAAUGUCUCGCUGCUUUCCAUUUCCACCACCGGGAUAUGAAAACAAGGCUAGAUCAGAAGAUGCAGACUUGCUAAAAGAGGAAAAGCGCAAAGAAAAAAAACAUAAAAAGGAGAAGAAAGACAAAGAGAAGGGAGAAGGUAAAGAGAAAAGGGAGAAAGAUAGAAGUGAUGGGAAACACAGAGAAAAGAAAGACAAAAAAGAUAAACACAAGGACAAGGACAAGGACAAGAAGGAAAAGAAUAGGGACAAGAAAAGGGACAAAGAUAAAAGCAAAGAUAAAGAUAAGAAAAGCAUUUCCGAGGAAGCGAAAGCUGCUGGGCAACCUGGUACUUCUAGUACAGAAACUGAUAAGAAAAAUGAACAUUUUAAGAACAUUAAUUCUGAGGAAAAGAAAAACAAUGUUCAGUUACAAGUCCAGCAUGGACAGAAGGCAAUUCAAGGUAGUGGUCCUGAUAGAGAGACAGAGGAAUCAAAAUUUGUGCAGGAGUUGGGUAGGAGGAUCAGAGAUGAAGAGAAUGGAAAAGGAAUCCAAUUGGCAGGAAGAUUCUCUGCUGAGUGGAAGAGGGAUGAAAGGAUUGACAGGGUUGGGGUCAAGGUUGGUAGUAGUUUGGCUGAAGACAAGGGAACUAACAUGGAGAGGAGUAUUGAUAACAAGAAGAUGGAUGUGCAGGCUACCAGGAACGAAUCUAGAUUUAGUGGUAAUGCAAUUGUCCCUAGCAUCAUUGGGGCCAGCAAAAACAAAAUUGAAGGGAUGCCUAGGGUUGGGGUCAAGGAUUCCGGGAAUUUUCCCGAAAAUAAGGAGACACAUGUUGAGAAGAGCCUUGAUAAUAUCAUUGGGGCCAGCAAAAACAAAAUUGAAGGAAUGCCUAGGGUUGGGGUCAAGGAUUCUGGGAAUUUUACCGAAAAUAAGGAGACACAUGUUGAGAAGAGCCUUGACAAUAGGAAGAUGGAUGCACAUCCAAUCAGGAAUGAAUCAAAUUUUAGUGGAAAUUUGGCUGUCCCUAACCUCACAGGGUUCAGCAAAAGUAAAGUUGAAGGAAUGGGCAGACCACUGGAAGAGAAUAAUGAAAGGAAAGAAGAAAAAGAGAAAACUAAAGAAAGAGGUGAUGGAAAACUGGGAAGCAAGAAUAAGGAUAAAAAUGGAGAUAAGAAAAGGCACAAGAAGGAUAAAGGCCAGGAAAAGGAGAAAAAAAAGGAGAAGAAAAAGGAGAAAUCAAAGGAGAAAAGUGAACACAAGGGAAUUGAGAAAGAUAGAUUACGGGACAUCAACAAAAAUGAAUUUUCUGCAGUUAGCAGUAAUAAAGCUCCAGCACUUUCAACAGACACCAAUGCUGGUACUGCUUUUGAUGUAAAUCUCAAAAAGAGAAAACUUGUGACAAAUGGUUCUCUUUCUGAGAAUGAAACUAGGCCUGUUAAAAUGCCUAGGCCUGCUUCUCAUGAGCCAAUACAGAAUGGAAAUAAAGUUGAAACUCUUCAAGUAUCCCUCCUUACAUCAAAUAGGCAAGAAGGUGCUUCUGAGCUUAAGGUGGUUAAUAAGGUGCAGAGGAUUAAUGGAGCAAUACAUGGUCAGCCAUUGUCUGUUCCUAGACCAAAGCCUUUGCUGUCAACUACUGGUUCUGGUCAAAUUCCUGAAACAUCUAAGAAGCCUACUCAGGCUGAUCAAAUUGCCGAAGCAUUUAGAAAACCCCCUCAUACUGACCAAAUUGCCGAGGUGUCUAGGAAACCUCGUGCUAAUCCAAUUGCUGAAGCAUCGAAGAAACCUCCUCAUACUGAUCUGAUUAUUGAAGCAGCUAAGAAAGCCCCCCAUCCAGAUUCCAAGUAUAUGAGCCAGAUACUCACCGUUCCCAAAAUGGAAGAGUGGAUUGAAAGUGAUGACAAUGAAUGGUUGUUUGGACGCAAAAAUCCUUCAGAUAGGAAGCCAGGGGUGGCGGAUUCCAAUGGGGUCAAUGAGGAACUACAGGUAUGGUCUGAAGCUCGGUAUAUAGAAUCUACAGAUGUUUAUGCUCUGCCAUAUGUUAUUCCUUAUUGAAUGUUGGGAGUUGGGUGCAAUCUUAUUGGGGAGGUCAUCAAAUGGUGGUGGCUUGUCAGUCAUCCAGAAGAAUAUCAGGCUUGGACAUGAAUAUGCUGGGCUUCUUGGUUGCACUAUUUUGCUUCUGUUGCAGUUAUGUGGUCAGCUGCACUUCUGUGUCCAUGGUUCUGGUUGUGGAAUGUCCGAGAAUUUAUGCCCUAAAUUGAACCGCAAAGUUGAAUUUUCCCAAGGUCCCGGUUGGCGGGCGCCAUAGAGUGUUCACUGAUAUCCACAAGCUUAUGCAAAUUUAUUCCAUUUCUUGAAGGCUCUCAGGGGGUUUCUUUCUAAUUGAGUGUGAGAGAAAGUUGAGCUGUGGUCUUUACACCUCCACUAAAAAUUUUGAUUUGUAACAUAGAACUUUAUAGAUGUAAAAUAGAGGAAAAAGAAAGCAGUAGUUUCAAUUGAUUUAAUUUAGUUUUCAAGUUUUUAUUUUUAAUUUAAUGAAAGCAGUAGUCUGAAGUUUUCAAGUUCUAAAACCAUCUUGCUUUCUUCUUAUUGUACAUUGCUUUUAGUCUGUGCUUCCUUUUUUCA